GCGAGGAGCCUGGCGCGGGAAAGCGAGCGAGCGAGCGGGAGAGAGAGAGAGCGAGAGAGAGAGAGAGGCCUAGGCCGAGGACGACGCUGGGCUCCUCUCCUCCUUUUCUCCCCUUUCUCCUUCCCUUUUUCCCACCAUGUCGAGCCUCCACAAGACCAGAAUUGCCGAAUUUCAGGAAAUCCUCAGCGAACCCAAUAUCAUGCUGGAGAAGCUUCGCGAGCUCUGCUUUAGUGGAGUUCCUUUUGAAGGCGGUUUGCGUUGUCUCUGCUGGAAGAUCCUCUUGAACUACCUCCCAGUCGAGAGAACGUUAUGGAGCUCUCUCUUGAAGAAGCAGAGAGAAUUGUAUGCCCAGUUUUUGAAGGAAAUGAUUAUCCAGCCUGGGAUCGCCAAAGCCAACCUUGGCGUCUCCAGGGAAGACGUGACACUCGAGGACCACCCGCUGAAUCCGAACCCUGACAGUCGGUGGAAUACUUACUUCAAAGACAAUGAAGUCCUGCUGCAGAUAGACAAGGAUGUCAGGCGGCUCUAUCCGGACAUGGCCUUCUUCCAGCGGCCCACCGACUACCCCUGCCUCUUGAUCCUCGACCCACAGAACGAGUUCGAGACCCUCCGCAAACGCGUGGAGCAGACCACCCUCAAGUCCCAGACCGUGGCCAGGAACAGGAGCGGCGUGACCAACGUGAGUUCUCCGCACAAAACGCCGGCCCCGAAUUCCUUGAGCGAAUACGAAGUCCUGCCCAACGGCUGCGAAGCCCACUGGGAGGUGGUGGAGCGGAUCCUCUUCAUCUACGCCAAGCUGAACCCGGGCAUCGCCUACGUCCAGGGCAUGAACGAGAUCGUGGGGCCGCUCUACUACACCUUCGCCACCGACCCCAACAGCGAGUGGAAAGAACACGCCGAGGCGGACACCUUCUUCUGCUUCACCAACCUCAUGUCCGAGAUCAGGGACAACUUCAUCAAGUCUCUGGACGACUCCCAGUGCGGCAUCACCUACAAGAUGGAAAAGGUCUACUGCACCUUGAAAGAGAAGGACAUGGAGCUGUACAUGAAGCUGCAAGAGCAGAGUAUCAAGCCCCAGUUCUUUGCCUUCCGUUGGCUGACGCUGCUGCUGUCCCAGGAGUUCCUCUUGCCAGACGUCAUCCGCAUCUGGGACUCGCUCUUCGCCGACGACAACCGCUUUGACUUCCUGCUGCUGGUCUGCUGCGCCAUGUUGAUACUCAUUCGGGACCAAUUGCUAGAAGGCGAUUUUACUCUCAACAUGCGACUUCUGCAGGAUUACCCCAUUUCAGACGUCCAUCUCAUUUUGAAGAAGGCGAAAGACCUCCAAGACGCCAAAUAGCCCCUCCGUGGUUCGAGAAAAGACUCCUUCUUUCCUGUAAUUUUUUUUUUAAAUGACUCUAUAGUUGGGGAAAUGAAACACAGAGCUCUCGAUGUGUUUCAUCCUCUGCGGAACAAAACAACGGCAUUAACGGAAGGACGCAAAAAAAAAAAAAACCAAACCAACCCAAUCUGGAAUUGCAAGAUGGGUUGGGAUUGAACCCAACGAGGAGUUGGGAGUUUUUGCUUACGUUUCCACUUUACCUGACUUUGGGGGAGGACGAUGCUGGGAAACGGCCUUAUCACCCCGCUGCCUUCGACAUUUACGGGCCCAAAGGAUGACAUUACAGCUCGUCCACUGCCUUUCCAAGGGAUCGGAAUCCACAAAAGAGGCUUCUCCGUUUCAUUCCACGCGGAUACGGGAUGUUUAUUUUCCUUCGGUAUCCGCGGUUGGCGGUAAGAUAGAGCAGGCAUCGGCAGACGUUGACUCUCACUCUCUCUGGGUGUUUUGGACUUCAACUCCCACCAUUCCUGGCCUCAGCUUAAGCAGCUGAGGGGAAAGAGGAAAGGGCCCGAGGCCAGGAAUGGUAGGAGUCCAAAACUACCGGAGAGAGAGGGCCAAAGUCUGCCCAUGCCCGAGAUAGGAGGGUAGCAUAUGAAUCCAUUCUGUCCACACUUGAGAGCUUUGUUCUCUAGGUUUGUAUGGGAUCAGGCUUGCUGUCCUUGUUUUGUCACUGGAUUUCGAUUGGACUUUAGCAUCGUAGAAGUGGUCCUUUUUGGCACAUUUCAUGGGAGCUAGUGUUGCGUCCUCUGUUUACAAAUGGAAUGGGAGUCGUGUCACAGGAGUUUGACCCGAAGCUGCAUCACCAUCUGCACAACCACGGGAGUUGGACCUGAAGCCGCAUCACGGGAGUGUUGCCCGAAGCCGUGUCACCGUCUGCGCGACCGCGGGAGUCAGACACGGAGCCGUGUCACCAUCUGCGCAACCACGGGAGUUGGACCCGAAGCCACAUCACUGUCUGAGCAACCGCAGGAGUCGGACCUGAAGUCGCGUCAUGGGAGUCUGACGUGAAGCCGCAUCACCAUCUGUGCGACCACAGGAGUCGGACCCGAAGCCGUGUCACUGUCUGAGCAAGCAUGGGAGUUGGACCCGAAGCCACAUCACCAUCUGCGCAACCGCGGGAGUCGGACCUGAAGUCGCAUCACGGGAGUCUGACCCGAAGCCGCAUGACCGUCUGCGCAACCAUGGGAGUCGGAUCCGAAGCUGCGUCACCGUCUGCGCAACCACGGGAGUUGGACCCGAAGCCACAUCACCAUCUGCGCAACCGCGGGAGUCUGACCCGAAGCCACAUCACCGUCUGAGCAACCGCGGGAGUCGAACCUGAAGUCGCAUCACGGGAGUCUGACCCGAAGCCGCAUCACCGUCUGCGCAACCACGGGAGUCGGACCCGAAGCCGCGUCACCGUCUGCGCAACCACGGGAGUCGGACCCGAAGCCGCGUCACCAUCUGCGCAACCACGGGAGUCGGACCCGAAGCCGCGUCACCGUCUGCGCAACCACGGGAGUCGGACCCGAAGCCGCGUCACCAUCUGCGCAACCGCGGGAGUGGGAACCGAAGCCGUAUCACUGUCUGCGCGACCACGGGAGUUGGACCGGAAGACGCAUCACCAUCUGCACGACCGCAGGAGUUGGACCCGAAGUCGUGUCACCGUCUGUGAGACCGGGAGUUGGACCUGAAGCCACAUCACCGUCUGCGCGACCACGAGAGUCAGACUCGAAGCCGUGUCACCCUCUGCGCAACCGCUGGAGUCAGAUCUGAAGCCGCCUCACCGUCUGUGCAACCACGGGAGUCAAACCCGGAGCCGCAUCACUGUCUGUGCAACCGCGGGAGUCGGACCCGGAGUCACAUCACCGUCUGCACAACCGCGGGAGUCGGACUCGGAGCUGCGUCCCCGUCUGCGCAACCACGAAGGCCUCUUUCCCAUCCAUCGAUUCACUUUUGGGUUUUGAAAAAAGAAAGAGGCCAAUCUAUCCCCGCUUGAGCCUCCGGUAUUUCUUUUGUUCUCUUCCUAAAAGUAUUUCCAGUCGUGUUGUGGACAUAAAACACCUCUCUUUUUUUGGUGUUCUCGUGUCUGUUUAGAGGGCUACGUUUCCUUGGAGCAAGGAGCAUACAAUCUUGUCUUCUUUUCAGUGUGUGAUGAUGCAGAUUGGAGUAAAUUUCUUUGGCAGAA